AUGGCGUUCUUUUACCGCCUCUCCAGCGCUGCCAACUGGAUCGAUGAGUGCGCGGGCGGUAAUUACCCGUGGCCUGCGUCGGCCGCGGGCUCGGAAGUGAUCCCCCCAUUGUCCGCGGCCGCGGCCAGGACCACCACGGUCGCGAAGACUCCCAGCUUGCCGUUCGGAGAUGUGACCCCGCCUGGCGCCGACCGCGUCUGCUCCUUUUCCAAGUCGCCCUCGCCCCCGCGCGGGCGGCUUGCAGACGGGGCUCACGACGCGGCGGAGGCAUCGGGGCUGCCGCUUGGCAUCGCCGACGGGGUCGUAUACGGACACGUCGACUUGGCGCCCGUCCAUUACGACCCCACCAAAGUGACCCAUAUCGCGGUGCAGGAAGACGACGGCAUCAUCGACCUGAGCACCGCGUGGUCGCUGCGUCACGCGUGCGUCGGCUGGCAGCGCGGCGACAGGUGGUGGCACGGCAUCGACAUGCGGCGCGUCAAGUCGUUCAGCGUCGACAAGCUUCAUGAGGCGCAGGUCCUCAUCGACUUCAUGGACGACGGGAACGGGCUGCGGUGGCACGCGCGGCUACUCAUCAUCCAGACGCCCACGCCAGGGGCCUGGAUCGGCAGCACUCCCGACUUCUCGGUCCAGCGGAUCGACCUGAAUGUGCAUCGUGUGAUCGCCCUCGCCCGGGGACAGCCGUACCCCCCGGCGCAGUGGGCGGAGUCGUACGUCUUCGACAACCCCAUCCCCGACGCCGACCUGACGCGCGUCAGGCAGCAGGCGGCCGCCCUGGCCGCCGUGCUGGGCCAGGCGCCUCCAGCGGGCCCAGCGGCCCCGGGCGGCGCGGGGGUGUGGCGAGUGGCCGACCCCGCCGCUCGCAGCUUCGGCGACGAGGUGCCGGCCCAGAUCCUCUCGGACCGCGCCACCUUCAUGACGCCCGAGGCGGCGGCCGACGAGGAGUACCUGAGCGGGCUCGUGCUGAUCGACAACUGCUGGACCUUCUGCCAGCUCGUGGCCGACGACGACCGUGCUGCCUGGGAGCGGGCGCUGGUUUCUGGCAAUCGACGGGACGAUCGCGUGACAGGCGACGCCCGCGAGCCCGUCUCAGGCCGUCGCUUCAUCUCUUUCGCCGACUCUUUCGGGCUGCAGCACGCGGCGGCCGAGCCGCCCUUCCCCUUGAGCGGCAGCCGGGUCACUCACGAGUUCGUGAAGACGCUCCGCGCCACAGGCAUGGAGUGGAUGUCGCACCACCUGGACUUCAUCCACAAGUCGGGCAUCUCGCCCAACAGCAACAUCACGCGUGCACAUCGUAGGCUCACAGAGGCGUUGCACGCCUUCCAGCAGCAGGACAUGUUGAACCUGCCCAGCCUCUCAGGGGUCGAGAUCCUGGUGCGCUACCUGCCCAGCCUCUCAGGGGUUGAGAUCCUGGUGCGCUACCUCGUGCAGAUCGAGAUGGCGGUGGCCCGCAACCCUCGGAGCCCCGACUUCCAGGACCUGGACGCGGUGGUGGCCUCGACAGUCAAUGAGUAUGGCGGCCUCGUCCUUCCCGAGUACUCGAAGUACAUCGCUCAGAUCCAGAAGGACGAGGCCUUCACUUUGAAGCAGCAGCGGCAGUGGCGCGAGGAGCAGUCCACGCGCUCCCGCGGCCGUGGCUCUGGCGACGACGCAGGCGGCGGCGCUGGCGGCGAGGACGGCGGCGCUGGGCGCUUCCGGGGCCGCGGGCGCGGCCGUGCAGGUCGCGCUCACGGCGACCCCUUUCCUCUGCCGCUCCUGGGCAGAUCGACGCCGAGGGAGGUGCUGCCCCUGAGCCUCUCCUCCGGCGUACGGCGGCGGUGCAACCAGGCGAUCAUGGCUCUGAACGACCUGGACGCCCCGCUGGCGGCUGCGCGGCGACUCGCCUCGGUCCUCCCGGCGAACGCCGCCCAAGCAUCUGUACUGCAGCGUGUCCAUCAGCGAGUGGCCGCCUUCGGCGACCCCAUCGGCGUGGACGGUGAUGACGCGCUCUGUUCUCUCCUGAAGUCCAAGGACGUCUACAGCGGCCGGCCGACCCCAGUUCGGCCUUAUGAGCCGCGCCUCCUCAAGGUUCUCGACAGCGGCAUCUCGCCGCAGCCGAUCCGCUCGCUGGUGCCGCCCUGGCUGCUACCGCUGAUCAACGAGCCGGAGAAGCACAUCUUUCGGUCGCAGGCGGUCCUCGACAGCAUGGUGGAGGCCGGCGAGCUCCCCCCCAUCUACCCCUACUGGGAUGCGAACCUGCGGCGGGACCCGGUCCUGCGGCUGGGCCUCUUCAAGCAGCUCAUGCGCAUUGGCCUCGUCGGUGCGCGCACGCGCUGCCGUGCUCGCGCCAGCAUCUUCUUCGUUGGCAAGAAGGACGGCUCGCUGCGCAUGGUGAUUGACGGCCGCGAGCCUUCGGCUCUGCAUCGCCGCCCGCCUCGGACCGAGCUCGGUUCGGCGGCGGCCCUCAGCGGCCUCUGCCUCGACGCGGACUUGCUGGGCAGCGACGGGCAGGGCUACCACGGGGCCAGCGCUGACCUGCGCCAGGGCUUCUACCAGAUGCAGUGGCUCGAGAUUGGCAGCUGGUUCUGUUUCGACUACCCCAUGCCCAUCCGCAACUUCGACACGGAUCAGGUGUACGACGAGGUGCACCGCCGCUUCGUGCAGGUCGAUCCCGACACCGUGGUCUACCCGUGCUUCCAGGGCCUCGCCAUGGGCUGGAGCUGGUCGCUCUUCAUCUGCAACGGCAUCACCGAGGACGUCACUCGCGUCGGCAUCAGUCGGGCGCUGUGCAUCGCGCCCGAGGAGGUCAGGAUGGUCUCCGAGCGCUCCCCCUGCGCGCGCCUCGGCGCGGGCGAGCUCGCUGGGGCCUCCUACGUCGACAACGCCAAUGUCGUCGGGUCGCCGCGCCGCCUGGUCGACGCGGCGCUGGAGGCUAUCCUGCUCGAGUUCGAGCGCCGCGGCCUGGCCUACCACGAGGUGUGCUACGCCACGCGGGACUUCGUCUGCUGCGGGGUUCGGUUCGACUUCAGCGACGGCCGCGCGGUGCCGCAGCGCGAGCGGGCCUGGCGGCUGCAUCGGGCGGUCACCGCCCUGAUCGACCGCCGCGGCUGCACGCCUGCGGCCAUGGAGGUUGUGCUGGGGCACGUCGUGCACCACUUCAUGCUCAUGAGGCCGGCCCUCGCUGUCCUGAGCUCCUUGUACCGUGUCGUGUAUGCGCCGGGCGACUACUGCCACUUCGACGCCGAGCAGCUGCGCGAGCUGGGGCUUGUCAAGGCCCUCAUUCCGCUCGCUGGUGUGGACCUCGGCGCACCAUGGCACCCGUGGGCCUACUGCUCUGACGCCAGCCUGUGGGGCUACGCCCUGGCCACUUCACGCUUCGACGAGAGCGAGCUCAGGGACAUCGGCGCCUACCGCGAGCGCUGGCGCUUCGUCGCCAUCGACCGCCACGCCGAUGACCCGGGCGAUCCGCCGGGUACUGAGGUUGCCACGCAGGCCGGCUUCACUGCCGGCAGCGACGACGCCGCUGUGUUUGCCGGGCUGGAUUUGCCGCCCCGUGCGGGUCGGUCGUCACCGCGCCUGGCAGCACGGCGGAGCCGAGCGGCUCGGGUCGACGUGGAGGCGCCGGCCUCCGCCGCCUGCAGGGGCGGCAUCCCGGCGCUGCCCGACGCCGCCCUCGCAGCUCACAGGUGGCAGCUGGUGGUCCGCGGCGCCUUUCUCUUCUCGGCCCCGAUCCACAUCCUCGAGGGCCGGACGACGCUGCUGGGCCUCAGGCGGGCCACCCGCUCCGUGGCGGCUCACGGCUGCCGCGUGCUGUCCAUCGGCGACAACCUCUCGUCCAUGAUGGCCUUCGAGAAGGGCCGCUGUGCCAACCCGGUGCUCCGCCAGCUGGCCUGCCAGGCUGCCGCGCGGCAGAUCGCCACUGGCAUCCAGCACUACCAUCGGUACUUGGAGAGCAGCCGCAACCCGACCGACCACGACUCCCGGGCGGCCGACCGCUUCGAGCUCGAGCCGGGCCAGACGCAGCGCGGGGCGCCGCGCGACCUGGCCCCGGCGCCCCCCCCAGCGCCGGCCGCCUCGCCGGCCGGCGGCGCGGGCCCGCACCGCCUGGGCGCCCGGCCGCGAGAGCGGCGCCGGGCCCGCCACGUGCUCGAGCUCUACGCCGGCUGCGCCCGCCUCACGGCCGCCUGUCUCGACGCGGGGCUGCAGUCGUGGGUCCCAGUCGACAUCUCGCGGGGGCCCUGGCACGACCUGUCCGACAAGCGCAUCAUCAGCGUGAUCCGCUCCCUGAUCGUGCGCCGGGACGUGUGGCACGUCCACUUCGGCACGCCGUGCACCCCCUUCAGCCUGGCCACCCCGGCGCGCAGCCGGGCCAAGCACUUUGCCUCUGGUAGUGCUUCGGUUUCGUUCACCAUAGACAUGCUUCGCCUGUGUGAGCGAUUUGGCGUGCGCUGGUCCGUCGAGAAUCCCUCUUCUUCACGUCUCUGGCAUUCUCCCGAGGUCACAUCUUUCUUGGAUCGUCACUGUCACUACUUCGUUUAUAUGCAUUAUUGCCACUACAACUGCCGCUACCUGAAGCCCACAACCCUUGUCACCAACCUGAAGCCGCUUCAGGCCCUCGAGGCCAGCUGCUCCCGUGAUCACGUUCACGAGGUCCUUGCAGGCAAGGUUCGUCUGGGUCCCAAGAGUGCCUCCGUCUGGAAGACCAGCCUAGCCGGGCGCUAUCCGGAGGCGUUGGCUCGGAAGUGGGCAGGCAUCCUCCGCGAAUGCGCUCCCGCGGCAGGCCGUCUCGAUGGUGCUCGCCCUGAAUGCCGAGGGGAGGCUCAGCUGGCAGCCGCCGCCGAGUGCGACGACUGGACGCGCACGCCAGACCCCGUCUGCCCCGCCGCGGGCCACCAGGAGUGGUCGCCCGACCAGCUGGGCUGGGGCAGCUGCGCGGCGCAGGCCCCGCGCCGCCGCUCGCGCCUGGCUGUGGGCUCGCAGCGGGCCGCCAACAACGACGUGGCCCGCGAGGACUUCCUGGCUCGGCGCCGCGUGAAGCCCCUGACCCAGCAGCACUACGCCCGGGCUGCGGCCGAGGUCCGGCGCUUCGCGAUUCAGCAUCGGUACCCGCUGGCCACGCCAGCUCAGAGAGACAAGCUGAUGGUGGACUACCUGCAGAGCAUCUUCCUGGCGGGGGACGGGAUCUUCGCCGCGCGGACCGCCCUCUACGGCUACGCGUUCGAGGAGCGGGUCAACCUCAGGGACGUCACGGAGUUCCCCCAGGCCCGCCUCACGCUGAAGGGCUUCGCGAAGGCGUCGCCCGGCGAGCAGAGGGACCCCUGCCCCUGGGAGGCGGCGCUGCUGAUCAUCGAUCAGUGCCUCACCUCCCACUGCCCGCGCCAGCAGCUCGUGGGGGCCGGCGUCGCCGUGGCCUUCGACGGCUACCUGCGCCUCUCGGAGCUGCUCCACCUGAAGGCCUGCGACGUGACCUGCCUCCGCCACUCCGCGACGUCGGCCUACCCCCAGGUCUCGAUCACCUUGAUGCCGGCCGCCCCGGCGGACUGCCCUCCGUCUGUGACGACGAAGGCCGGCGAGUACGACGACACGGUUACCUUCGGCGGCAUCGGCAGCGCCGGCAUCUCGCGGCGCUGGGUGGCCAAGCUCCUGCGGGACCUCAAGGCCACCACGCCGCCGACCAGACCGCUCUUCCCGUUCAGCCACCGUGAGUUCGAGGUCGCCUUCCGUGAGGCGGCUGACGCUGCCGGCUUGCAGCGCCUCCGUCUCUGCCCGCACUCCCUUCGGCACGGCGGGGCCUCGACGGAUUUUGCGCUGAAGCAUCGCUCCCUGGCGGAGGUGCAGCGUCGGGGCCGCUGGAAGUGCGCCGCCAGCGUGCGACGCUAUGAGAAGGCCGGCCGCCUCACACGCCAGCUCGCCAAGUUGUCCCGAGGCCAGCUGUCAGAUGCCGCUCGUGUCGGCAGGAGGCUGGCCGCCAAAUCUUCUUUCGUCUUCGGCGGCCGCUCAGAGAGGUGA